AUGGCGGCUCUCCCUUGGACGGUGGUAGUAAUCAUAUCUGCCGCAGCGGUGGCCUGGGCGAGCCUUCAAGACGCCCAUCACCCUCAUGAGACGCCCAGCCAAGAGUUAGAGCCUCCGACAGGGUCCUCGCAGCACUCAGGCACUGGUCAGAAUUCCUUUGCCAAUCCUCAAAACCCUUCGCUGGAUCAAAGUCCUUCGUUACCAUCUUUCUCCUUCCCUGAGGAAAGUCAGGACCCUCUCUCCUCUCGAAACGACGUCUCUGUUCACGAGCAGAUUCUCCUUGUUCCUCAAGUUGAUUCUGCUCUCCAAAGGAAUCCCGAUCCUUCUCCUGUUCCCCUCCUUUCGCCUCUUAGUCAGAACCCCACCACACUCGCCCAGCUUUUCGCCUCCCUUAACCGGGACCCAUCCGCCCUUGCCCAGCUGCUUUCGACUUUCAAACGAAACCCAUCAGCCGCCUCGAAUUUCCUUUCCACUCUAAGACAGAAUCCUUCCGCUGCUGCUGUGUUGAUCUCCUCUCUCAGGGAGAAUCCUUCUGUAGCGUCAGAGAUUUUCUCUCUCCUUAACCAAAACCCUUCCAUAGCCGCCCAAAUACCGUCUGUUGUCGAGCGGGAGCCAUCUCCUCCCUCACAGAUCCCUAAAACCCUCACACAGAAUCCAUCUACUUCAUCUCAGGCCUUGUCUACACCCGAAAAGAACCCUUCAAAUCUUCCAAAGAAUCUAAUUCCUUCAACCCUUAAAGCUGAACCCUCCCUUCCACCAGCGCAACUUUCUGCUCUCAAAGAGAGCCCUCUUGAUCCCAUUCAGGUCCUCUCCACUCUCAGACCCAAGUCCUCUACGGUUCCCCUUGCUUCUCCUCUUGCUCAAAACCCAUUGAAUCCAGUGCACGUCCUGUCUGCUGUUACCCCAAGAUCCUUCCCCAGACCCACUCCUUCUCCUCCCCAGUUCCAACCCACUCCGAUACCCUCCUCUCCUCCCACCCAGUCCUCUACUACCGAGAUCUCGCCCCCUCCUUCUAAAUUCUCACCCCACCUUGUACAGUUUGCAGCUUCUCGUCCUAAAUUCUCACCCACUGUUCCGCAGUUCACUCCUUCUGCCUCUGAGUCCCCCUCCAGUACUCAGUUCGCCUCCUCUCCCUCGAAAGUAGUAUCUCCUGCCACCCAGUUCAUAUCAUCUCCCUCUACAUUCUCAUCUCCUGCUACAUUAUCCUCCUCUGCUCCGAAACUGACAUCCCCUAGCUCCAAAUUCUCAACCUCUUCUAACCAAUUUGUUUCAGCUUCCUCGAAAAGUUUAUCCUCUACUAACCCAUUCGCUUCGUCUUCCUCGAAAACAUUUUCCUCUGCCAAUCACUUUUCAUCUUCACCCUCCAAAUUCUCCUCCGCAGCGAUUCCGCAUUCGUCCUCUCCUAACCAGUUCUCGUCCCCCACUAAACAGCUUUCACAGUUUUCGUCCUCUCCGUCUGAAAGCUCAUCUUCCUCUAAACAGCUUUCAUCUUCUUCCCAGUUCUCACCUUUUCCCUCUCAAAGCUCCUUCCCCGCUACCCAGUUUUCCCCCUCCCCUAAACAGUUUCCUUCUACUCAAGUCCAACGAACUCCCUUACUUCCCUCGUACCCUCGAAACCGGUCGCCCUCAUCAUUCCCUCAGAACCCCUCACCCUCCUUGUCCUCUCAAAACACCCCUUCCCCCUCCUUGCCCCCUCGAAACACCCCCUCCCCCUCCUUGUCCCCUCGAAACACCCCCUCCCAGUAUCCCUCUGGUCCAUCCGAGUACAACUUCCAGUGGGAUGUGAAUGAUCCACGCAGCGGCAAUUUUUAUGGCCAUCGGGAAGAAAGACAAGAUGCGGACACACGUGGGAGACCAGGGACGACUUUCUCGGCCAAAUCCUUCCCAGAAUCUCGAAGAAAGUCAGGCCUACUCGCAGACGGAGCAAAGAUCAAACCAAGACAUCCCACAGACCGGUUCCAGUCUUGAGCAAAGCCCUCAGCUGAGACCGAGACCUAACCAGGGCUACACACCGUUCGGAGGUCGAAGUAAAAGUCUCCAGCACUCUCUUCCCGGUGUCUCUCAGCAGCUCACCCUUCCUGUACAAUAAUGGCUAUACUGGGGAUUACCUAUCACUGUACCUGCGUUAUCUGUCAUGUGCAAUGUAAAUACCUU